UUACAAGCACGUCCUAUAAAAACAUGAUACCUUUGAGAAAUCAGUCAAUCCAAAAUCAUUCUGAAAUCGAAUUAAACCCAAAUCAAAAGCAAUGUUCCGCUUGAAGGGAAAUUUUGGAAAUUUUUACUUUAAAAAUGGUUUGGUGUACACCAAAGAUCGCAAGGUUGUGCGACUGGUGACGAUCUCUGCGAACUGGCACUUUUCGAAGAGCCAACUCUGGAAGCACUUCUCGAGUUUUGGAACUGUGGAGGAUCUCCAAUGGGAAAAGGAUAAGAGAGUGGGAUCGGUUCUUUUUCAAGAGGCUUCCCAAGCGGCAAAGGUUUUGGUGUUGACUAAACACCAUUUGUAUGGCCAUGUUCUUUAUUUGCAGCCCAGCACCUCCAGGCGCGAACCGCCGGUGAAGGAAUCAGAAACUAUUUCUGCCUACGAUAUACCCGUUGUCGAUGACUUUUGGUAUAAAGUGCUCGAAUAUCUUCCACUAAAUGCCCGUCUCAACUUUGCCGCCAGUUGUAAAAGAUUCAAGACGAUCUACGAAUUGGAGUCGCGUCGUAACAAUCGUGUUCUUAAUAUGAAGGAUGUUUGCACACUGGACGACUUUGGCAUUAAAAUAUUGAUGCGGCUAUCAGGAAAACACAUUCAUUGUGUAAAAGGUGGCCCGCUUCAUUGGACGCUUAUGUUGGAGUUCGUGCAGCUAUUGGGUGUAAGCUGUCCAAAUCUAGCAGAGCUAAGUUUCUACAAAAUUUCAGUCAGCCUAGACCACAUGACUCACCUGUUCGAUGGUGCCAAUGGCUUGAAUAAUAUCACCACCAUAUCCUUGAGGUGUUGUGACUUGGCAGAUCCUCAAAUUUACUGCUUGCAGAUGCUAUCUAAACUAAAGAGUCUGGACAUCGCACAGAACCAUUUCAUUAGGGGCGAAAGUUUAAACUCUCUGCCAAUUUCCUUGGAGAUUUUAAAUGUUUCAAAAUGCGACAGACUGCGGCCCAAGAAUCUUAUCAAUCUUGCGUCCCUGACGCAUCUCCGCGAACUGCGCUGCUCUGGCAUUUCCAAGCUUACGAAAAAUGAGCUGUUCAAACGGUUCGCACAUUACUGUCCAAUGCUCGAGGUUCUCGAGGUUACCGACAUUAUGAAGAAGAUACAGCUGGGCGGUCUGUCUCGUCUCCACACCUUGGUCAUUCAGUCUUCCGAAGGGUCUGGCGACCAUAUGAAUAACUUGAUGCUUUCGUCGAUCGCGGAAUCGUAUUCGCUGCGCCGUCUGGAGAUUAUAGAUUCUUUUGAACGUUUUUUCACUAUUUCCUUCGAUCUGAGUAUUUUAUCCCCGCUUAAAGAACUGCGGACCCUAAUAUUACAUAAUCUGAACUUUACACCGGAACACCUAAUGGGAUUGCAAAAACUCCCUGCCUUGGAGUUUCUGGACCUGAGUGGCUCGCCCGAUCUAUCCAAUGAGGACGUUGCAAAGUUGACGAAACCGCUGGGCAGACUGCGCCGACUAACGGUUGAGCGUUGUCCUUUUAUCUCACGACAAUUAACCGAGAUCCUGAAAGGGAAUCCUAAGCUUCAAGUAGUCUUUUAGGGUCAGCUCAACAACAAUGUUUUUAUAUCAUUCCUAAGAAGUGCAGACUUUGCAUUUGUAUCAAUUUGUAUCAACUAACUUUAUAUUCGACCCGCUGAGCUUAUGGAAUAAAUUGUCCAUUUUGUAAUA